CCCGCUGCCACUCUCUGUCCCGAAAACCUGCUGCUGCUGCUGCUGCUGUGCCUGUGGGAUUAACUCAUCCCAACCAGGCUUCCUGCAGGAAUCCCUCUGCAAGGCCACUCCAUCAGAGCUCCCUGCGGAGGACACAGAAAGGAAGGACUUCGGCCAUCUGUCUAAAGGGAGUCAUGGCACAUAGCCCGAAACUUCUAGAAGAAACCUCCUUGGUCAAGUUCAACGAUCAAGACUUUAGGUCCUUGAGGGACCACUGCCUAAGCAGAGGAGAGCGGUUUGUGGAUGAGACGUUCCCUGCUGAGGCCUCUUCUAUAGGCCAGAAACUCCUUCAGGGGAAGAAGCUUUCUGAUGCGGCGUGGAAGCGGCCCCAGGAUCUGUCAGAGGGUCCCCCUCACUUCAUCCUAGAUGGUGCAAGUAGAUUUGACAUCCAACAAGGAGUGGCAGGAGACUGCUGGUUCCUGGCAGCACUGGGAUCCCUGACCCAGAACCCUCAGUGUCUGCAGAAGAUCCUGAUGGAUCAAAGCUUUUCACAGCACUAUGCGGGAAUUUUCCGGUUCCGGUUCUGGCAGUGUGGCCACUGGGUAGAGGUGGUAGUGGAUGACCGCCUGCCCGUCAUAGGCAACAAGUGUCUCUUUGUACAUCCUCGCAAAGGCAACCAAGAAUUCUGGCCGUGCCUGCUGGAGAAAGCCUAUGCCAAGCUGCGCGGCUCUUACUCCCACCUGCACUAUGGCUUCCUGCCCGACGCGCUGGUGGAUCUCACGGGAGGGGUGGUCACAAUAGUCGACCUGCACUCCUCCCCUUCCGACCUGCUGAUGGUAGUGAAGACGGCAGCCAAGGCAGGCUCCCUGAUGGCCUGUGCCACCCCAAAGGCACUGACAGAUGAGUCUGAGGUGAUGGAGAACGGGCUGGUGAGUCAGCACGCCUACACGGUGACCAGGGCUGAGCAGGUUCAGUACCGGAGGGGCUGGGCAGAACUCAUUCGCCUGUGGAAUCCCUGGGGCAGCGUAGAAUGGAGAGGGCCCUGGAAAGACGGGUCCCAGGAGUGGCAAGAAACCCAGGACCCACGGAAAAGCCAACUGUAUGAGAACAAGGAAGAUGGCGAAUUCUGGAUGUCAUGUCAAGAUUUCCAAGAGAACUUCUCCAGCCUGUUCAUAUGUAACCAAAUCCCAGUCACCCUGGACCACGGAGUCACACCCCAUGAAAGAUGGUACCAGAUGAUGUUUAAGAACCAAGUGAUCCCAGGAAGCCCUGCAGGAGGCCCUGGAAAGGACGCUCAGUACCUCUUCAGUGUGCAAGAGCUCACGGAAGGCAGCAAUGUUGUUGUAACCUUCACAGUCGCGCCACAAAGCUUGAAGGGAGAUGAUGGAGCAUUUCCACUACAUGCCAAGGUGUUCAAGGUGAACUCUCAGUUCCAGCACUACCAGGAGAAGCUGCCGCCCACGUUUUUCUCCCCAUUUAGAAAUGCUGCCCAGGGUCUAGAAUAUGAGACCAAGUGCAACUUCACCAAGUGCCUCCGCCUGAGCCCUGGGACCUACGUCGUGGUGCCCUCGGCACGCCGAAAAGUCGAGUUCUUGCUCCGAAUCUUCGUGAGAACGCCAACCAGGGACAGGAACACAAGCAGUGAUUUCAACCUCAGAGCCCUCAAGGGAAGUCUUUCAGAAAAUGGCUCCCAAGAAAACAUUUUCUACAGAUAUGCUCAGCAGGGGCUGAACAUUGACGCCACCCACCUUCAGAGCCUUCUGAACCUGGAGUUCCUGACAGGACCUCCGGGAGAAUCUUUCUCCUUGGACCAGUGCCGCAGCAUCAUAGCUCUGAUGGACCUAAAAGUGAACGGGCGGCUUGACCGGGAGGAGUUUGGGAGACUAUGGCGUCGCCUCGUCCAUUACCAGCAUGUUUUCCAGAACAGCCAGAGAAGCUCUGGAGUCCUCCUGGGCUCAGAUUUGUGGAAAGCCAUACAGAACACAGAUUUCCUUACAGGGGUCUUCGUCAGCAGGGAGCUGCUGGGUCUCCUGACGCUGAGGUACAGUGACAGCUCCGACCAGAUCAGCUUCCCUAGUCUGGUGUGUUUACUGAUGCGGCUGGAAACGAUGGCAAAGGCAUUCCGCAACCUCUCCAAAGAUGGAAGAGGACUCUACCUGACAGAAACAGAGUGGAUGAACCUUGUCAUGUACAACUGAGGCAAGAGCUCAGCGGAUUCCACAGACCUCCCAGGCCAGGACGAGGGUGAGCAUGUAGUUUAUGUUGCCUUGGUUAUUACUGCUAACCUACCAGGGUCUGUAGUCGGUCAUUGACGCUACUUCCUGACUUACUCGUCCCUCGUGUUUUUGAAAUCCGCUCUGCUGUGCUGAGGCCACAUUUCAGCUCUGCCCU